AUGCUUCUGCGUACAAAUUCGUUCUUCUUAACAAGAAGAUGUUUCUCGAAGGAGUACCCGUGUAGAAUUACUCCUGGUGAAUAUAAAGCCAGGCGGUCGAAGUUAUUGGUGGCUGCAAGAGAACAGUUGAAGAAUAAUGAUAAAGAUUUCGUAAUUUUAUCCAAGGGGGCUUCCACUAGUUUCUUAGCUCCUGAUGUUCCUCAUACCUUUAGACAACUAAGCCAUUUUCGAUAUAUUACUGGUAUAGAUAAUGUACCAGGUUGUUCUUAUCUUUUUUAUUCGUCUAGCACUGGCCAAUCUAGACGUAUUUUAUUCAUGGACAAGAGAACAGAAUAUGAGGAGUUAUGGGAAGGCUCUCUUCCUUCAUGUGAAGAAUUAGAAAAAAUGGCUAAUUUCGAUGAAGUAUUACCUACCAAAGAAAUUUCUACAAUUCUCCAAAAAAUGAUAACAAAUCAAACUGUUCUAUUUGCGGAAGCAAACCAGUGGUCCACAAGCCAAACCUCAAGUUGCUUUUCUAAAGCUUCUACUCUCAGGGCAUUGAACCCAUUGAUUGAAAAGUUACGAAUCAUCAAAUCACCUGAUGAAAUAUUGGCUAUGGAGGAUGUUUGUAAAUUAGGAUGUCAGAUGAUGGCAUCAAUGAUAGCCAACUCCAAAAAUGUAGAGUCUGAAAGAACGCUGGUCGGGCUAUUAGAGUAUGAGUCUAGAAGACGUGGAGCAGAGCGUUUGGCAUACCCGCCUGUUGUUGCCGGUGGAUUACGAGCCAAUACUAUACACUAUCUAGCUGCCAACAGUAUUAUAAAAGAGAAUGAAUGUAUAUUAGUAGAUGCUGGUUGUGAUCUGAAUGGUUAUGUCUCGGAUAUAACAAGAUGCUUUCCUCAAUCUGGACACUGGACCGAUCCUCAAAGAUCUCUUUACGAAGCUUUACGUUAUGUUCAUGAGAACCUUCUGCAAUUUUCUCAUGAGGCUGAAAACAUACGUUUAAGUACAAUUUAUCACAAGAUGAAUGAACUUCUCGCAUCAGUUUUAACUGAAGUUGGUCUUAUUCCUACAGGAGUUGGGAACAAGGAAGCUAUCAAAUUUGCGGAAGAGUUGUGCCCACAUCAUGUGAGCCACUACUUAGGAAUGGACGUUCAUGACUGUGCAUCAGUUUCCCGAGAUAUACCUCUGCAAGAUGGUUGUAUUUUCACAAUAGAGCCCGGUAUUUAUGUACCACGUGAUGCGAGGUAUCCAGAGGAGUACCAAGGCAUUGGUUUCCGUAUAGAAGAUGACAUCCUCAAAACUAAGAAUGGCAUACGAGUAUUAACAGACUCGUUACCUAGAUUAGGCCAGGAUAUCGAGAAUUUGAUGGCAAAUUAA